GUUGCCUAUCCUGAAACUUGACAGUUAACAGCCGCACAUCAACUUGUUUGUGUUGUGUGUGUCUAAUCCAGUGUAUUUCCCUUAUUUUGUCUCACAAUGAACAUAUACGAACAAGAUGAAGACCAAUUCGACGAUGAAGACUCCGAAGAGAUCAGUUCCGAGCUGUGGCAAGAAGCUUGUUGGAUCGUUAUUAACGCCUACUUUGACGAAAAAGGUCUCGUCCGGCAGCAACUGGACAGUUUCGACGAGUUUAUCCAAAUGUCCGUGCAACGUAUCGUGGAAGAUUCGCCCCAAAUAGAUCUGCAAGCCGAAGCUCAACACACCAGUGGAGAACUAGAAAACCCGUCCCACUAUUUACUAAAGUUCGAACAAAUUUAUCUUUCCAAACCCACCCAUUGGGAGAAAGAUGGUGCUCCUUCACCCAUGAUGCCAAAUGAAGCGCGCUUGAGAAACCUAACCUAUUCAGCGCCGCUGUAUGUGGAUAUUACAAAAACGAUAGUCAAGGAUGGAGAGGAUCCUAUUGAAACUCAACACCAAAAGACGUUUAUUGGAAAAAUUCCGAUUAUGUUGAGGAGUACGUAUUGUUUGUUGAAUGGUUUGACUGAUCGUGAUUUGACUGAGUUAAACGAAUGCCCUUUGGAUCCCGGGGGUUAUUUUAUUAUUAACGGGUCUGAGAAGGUUUUGAUUGCGCAGGAAAAAAUGGCCACGAAUACGGUGUACGUUUUUUCAAUGAAGGAUGGAAAGUAUGCAUUCAAGUCUGAAAUUAGGUCAUGUUUGGAACAUAGUUCAAGACCGACGUCUACUCUUUGGGUGAAUAUGAUGGCUAGAGGUGGUCAAGCGAUAAAGAAAGCAGCGAUUGGUCAACGUAUCAUUGCAAUCUUGCCAUACAUUAAGCAAGAAAUUCCGAUCAUGAUUGUAUUCAGAGCGUUGGGGUUUGUGGCUGACCGUGAUAUCCUAGAACACAUUAUUUACGAUUUCGAGGAUCCUGAGAUGAUGGAGAUGGUGAAACCAUCCCUCGACGAAGCUUUCGUAAUCCAGGAACAGAACAUAGCUUUGAAUUUUAUUGGUAGCAGAGGGGCAAGACCUGGAGUCACUAAAGAGAAACGUGUAAAAUACGCCCGAGAAAUUCUCCAGAAGGAAAUGUUGCCACAUGUGGGUGUCUCCGACUUCUGUGAAACCAAAAAAGCGUACUUUUUGGGGUACAUGGUACAUAGAUUGCUCUUGGCUGCGCUGGGUCGGCGCGAGUUAGACGACCGCGAUCACUACGGUAACAAAAGAUUGGAUUUAGCCGGACCUCUACUCGCCUUCUUGUUCCGAGGACUCUUCAAAAACCUAAUGAAAGAAGUACGAAUGUAUGCACAGAAAUUCAUUGAUAGAGGAAAAGACUUCAAUUUGGACCUCGCCAUUAAAACUAAAUUGAUCACAGAUGGCUUGCGUUACUCUCUAGCUACUGGUAAUUGGGGCGACCAGAAAAAAGCCCAUCAAGCUCGUGCCGGUGUCUCCCAGGUACUUAACCGGUUGACUUUUGCCUCAACCUUGUCCCAUUUGAGACGCGUCAACUCCCCCAUUGGUCGUGACGGAAAGUUGGCUAAACCCAGACAGCUCCACAAUACCUUGUGGGGUAUGAUAUGUCCCGCUGAAACUCCAGAGGGCGCUGCUGUCGGUCUCGUCAAGAAUCUUGCUCUCAUGGCGUAUAUAUCAGUAGGAUCGCAACCUUCUCCAAUUUUGGAGUUCUUGGAGGAGUGGUCUAUGGAGAACUUGGAGGAAAUCGCACCGUCUGCGAUCGCUAACGCGACUAAGAUUUUCGUUAAUGGGUGCUGGGUUGGGAUUCAUAGAGAUCCGGAGCAGUUGAUGGCGACUUUGAGGAAGUUGAGGCGACAGAUGGAUAUUAUAGUGUCUGAGGUGUCCAUGAUUCGGGACAUCAGGGAUAGAGAAAUCAGGAUUUAUACUGACGCUGGGAGGAUUUGUAGGCCGUUGUUGAUUGUUGAAAACGGAUCUUUGUUGUUGAAGAAGCGACAUAUUGACAUGUUGAAGGAAAGAGAGUACAAUAAUUACGGGUGGCAGGUUUUGGUGGCCUCUGGUGUUGUCGAAUAUAUAGAUACUUUGGAGGAAGAAACCGUGAUGAUUGCUAUGUCGCCGGAUGAUUUGAGGCAGGAGAAAGAGUAUGCUUAUUGUACCACGUAUACGCAUUGUGAGAUUCACCCGGCGAUGAUUUUGGGUGUUUGCGCGUCUAUUAUUCCGUUUCCGGAUCACAACCAGAGUCCUAGGAAUACUUAUCAAAGCGCUAUGGGUAAACAAGCCAUGGGUGUGUACAUCACAAACUUCCAUGUCCGCAUGGACACUCUAGCUCACGUUCUGUACUACCCCCAUAAACCACUGGUAACCACAAGGUCCAUGGAAUACCUUAGGUUUAGAGAGUUACCAGCAGGAAUUAACAGUAUUGUCGCUAUUGCCUGCUACACAGGUUAUAACCAGGAAGAUUCCGUUAUUUUGAAUGCAUCUGCCGUGGAAAGAGGAUUCUUUAGAUCUGUGUUCUACCGUUCUUAUAAAGACGCAGAGUCCAAGAGAAUAGGAGAUCAAGAAGAGCAGUUUGAGAAACCCACACGUCAAACAUGCCAGGGUAUGCGUAACGCCCUGUAUGAUAAAUUGGACGACGAUGGUAUUAUUUCGCCCGGGAUUCGUGUCUCUGGUGACGAUGUAGUAAUUGGGAAGACGAUGACUUUGCCGGAAAACGACGACGAGCUCGAUGGCACAACUAAACGUUUUACCAAACGCGACGCCUCCACCUUCCUCCGCAACAGCGAAACCGGUGUAGUGGACCAAGUAAUGUUAACCCUGAACUCCGAAGGGUACAAGUUUUGCAAAAUUCGUGUCCGGUCAGUCCGUAUUCCACAAAUCGGCGACAAAUUCGCCUCACGUCACGGACAGAAAGGAACCUGCGGAAUUCAAUACCGUCAAGAAGACAUGAUCUUCACCAGCGAAGGUCUCACCCCCGACAUCAUUAUCAACCCCCACGCCAUCCCCUCCCGUAUGACAAUCGGUCACUUGAUCGAGUGCAUCCAAGGAAAAGUCUCUGCCAACAAGGGCGAAAUCGGCGACGCGACUCCAUUCAACGACGCCGUCAACGUACAAAAAAUUUCCACUCUUUUACAAGAGUACGGUUAUCAAUUGAGAGGCAACGAAGUCAUGUACAACGGACACACGGGCAGAAAAAUCAACGCCCAGAUUUUCUUAGGACCGACAUACUACCAGCGUUUGAAGCACAUGGUGGACGAUAAAAUUCACUCGAGAGCGAGAGGACCAGUGCAGAUUUUAGUAAGACAGCCCAUGGAAGGUAGGGCCAGGGACGGUGGUCUACGUUUCGGGGAGAUGGAGCGGGAUUGCCAGAUUUCGCACGGAGCGGCACAGUUCCUAAGGGAGAGAUUGUUUGAAGUCUCGGAUCAGUACAGGAUACAUGUUUGCAAUUUCUGCGGAUUGAUCGCGAUCGCGAAUAUGAGAAACAACACGUUUGAGUGUAAGGGAUGUAAGAAUAAGACGCAGAUUUCGCAAGUACGACUGCCGUAUGCGGCGAAAUUGUUAUUCCAGGAGUUGAUGUCGAUGAAUAUCGCGCCGAGGUUGAUGGUGUUGUAAGUACGAAACGUGUAUUUUUGGAAGUGUUUUUUUAUAGGGUAGAAUAAAUAUCUUAAGAUUGUA